AAAGUUUCACCUUUGAACCGUCAAUCAAUUAAGAGUAUACGACUGUUGUAUGCAGUACGGGCACAGAGGUAAAAUUGGGACAUAAAACAGCUUCCACUUUGCUUCAGUUGCUACAAACAUUCAAAAUGGCAGCCGACAGCAACGAAGUGCGUCGUGUGAACCAAAAGAAGACUGAAUCAAAUGUGAAGUUUCUGUCUGAAACCACACCAGUUGAUAGAAAUGGAAGGAGGGUAAGCUCAGGGUCAUCUUACAACAUAACAAGGACAAAGUUCCUAUACAACCCUGGGGUUCCUGUAUCAACUGAGGAACAACGGGUCCAAUUUGAGCUGGAAAAACAGGAAAAGACCAAGAGGAAGAAAUCCAGAAAACGACGAGAGAUGUCAGCGAGUUUGGAUCCAUAUGAAACAGAAGACAAGGAAACUAGGCGACUGCGAGAACUUCGAGAGUGCAUACUUGCUGGAGAGACUAACAAGGAUGUAUAUCAGCGCUUGAAAACCUUGAUGUUGCACCAUAUGGGUGUUUUGGAUGAUCUGACAAAGCUUCGGAACCACUACUACUCAGUCUACAUGAGCAAGUUGAAUGACCGAGUAGAAGACCAAAGGAGAGAGAUUCAGAGACGGACAGACCAGCUGAACCGAAAGAUUCUCAUGAAAGAACUGAAAGAAAAGAGGGAGUCGCACAAAGUGAAGAAACGAUUUGAGAAGUCUUCCUUGAAUCAUGACAACACCUUCCUGGAAAACCUGCCUCGGACAAAACUCCACCAGGUCAUUUGCCUGGAGGAGAAACUGAUGAAGGAAGGAAAGUUGAGGACCAUUGAAGACUUGGAGAAAUUCUGGAGUGACAUUGAGAAGCCCGAAAACUUUGCAUUGAUGUUUGGAGGUGGGGAGGCACCGGCGACUGUUGGAUAUGGGACUCAUGUUGGCUCUCAGGAAGACAUCCACACAGUGACAGAGCCAUCAUUAUGUAACAGUCAAACGUCAUCGUUGACCUCUCUCAACCAGGAGGACAGACCCAUGGAUGCAUUCACUAGAGGCUUGUCUCAGAUUUAUGAAGAUAGUGAGCCCUCACGCCCUGGCACUAAAACCGGUGGGAGCCAGAGCUGGGCAGUGACCCAGCAAUUAAAAAAGGCUGAUAAGGCAGGCAAGAAUGGUCCUAGAAUGACACCCAGCUUGAAAGAACAAGAACCUGACCCUACAGUACAACUCGGAAAGGUGGAGUUCCCCCAGCUGUCCUGCUUCACCCUUGACCUUGAGCCUCCCACAGAGGACCCUGAGGCAGUCAGAAUGAGAGAGGAGUAUCGUCACAAAGCCAGGAUGCGAGACUUUGAGAAGAAGAGAAUACAGAAGAUGUAUGAG